AUGAUUUUCGCGGUCCUACAAUGGAAGGCGCAGCAGGUCUCGUAUUUUUCAAUUGCUACUACAGAAAACAUAUCCUACACAAGAGUACAAUUAUACCAUGAUGGAUCACUGAGACACUACGCCUGGAACCAGAGCAGAAAAAAAUGGGACCAGCAAUGGAGCUCAUUCCUUGAAGAGUGCGAUCUGUAUCGCCGAUGUACUCCGAACGCUUAUUGUCACCCUGGCGUUUCAUCAUCAGUGUGUGAAUGUAUCCCAGGUUUUGAGUACAGUGCCAUAAACGUGAUAAGUGAAGAGUGUGUGAGGAAAAAGCAUGGGGCCUGCAAUGGAGAUCAUUUCUCACUUCUUCCGAAAAUGAAUUUUCCCGACGCCUACAAUGCUAGAUCUUACCCGGCCAUCAACAAAAGGAACAAUGCGGUGGCAUUUGCCUUGGGGAUUGCAGUUGUACUGCGUAUUCUAUAA